UUAUAAUAUGGCUACUUUAUCAGGUACUUAUCUUUGCCUUUAAAUGCUCUAACUGUCCUUCCCUGAAUAAUGGAAUGGAUAAAAUCUUUAGGUUUUGUUCCAAGAUUAAUUUUACAGUUAGAAUGUUCCCACUAUUGCAUUUUUAUGACUUUCUUAGGAAACUAUUCCAAAAAUUCAAUGAUUUCUGACAAUCAAGCUACACUUCCAGAAUUGAACUCAGUUGCAGGGUUUCUCACAGACCUUCCAAGUUUACAAAUGAUUCUCAAGGACUACUGAUUCUGUGACUUCCCAUCCACAACAAGAACUCUCCUACAUCAGCAAUCAGAAAUCCCUAAUCAGUACAUCCACCCAGGCUUAGACUCAAAGGUAAGACUAGACUUCUAACCAACUGCCCUACCAGUUUCCUCCCCCAAAACUCUUACAAUAAUUUUCACCCACCAUUACAUCCACCACAACCCCUCCAUCCCACCCACACUCCUAAUCCCCCAAAACCUCCCCAUUCCACCUCUCCCUUCAAAUCUCUCCCUCCAACAGUCCAUCCCUAAUUUCCCUGCCAAAUUCCUCAAUCUUCCCCUAAAAUUAGA